AUGUUUUUAUUUCUACUAUAUUGGUUUAACAGAAAGUUCCAUAUAGAUUCAAUUCCCCACCCAUUCCCACAAAAGAGAAAGUAGUCUGUCACCGUCUGAUUGUUUUAAGAGAAAAAAAAAGAAGAGAUAAGCACAACAGUAAAAUUUUAAAAUUAAACAACAUUAAGGGUCACUUUGCAUCUGGCAAGUGAGAAACUCUGCAGGAUAUGGCCGUGGGUCUAAAACGGAUAAACCAAGUUCACUCACAAAAUAGUGCAUGUAAUUAAAAGCAAAGAGAAGCCAGAGGAAGAGAGGACAAUCAAGAGAAAAAGAAAGUGUGAACUAUUUGUUUGAGCGUGUAGUGUGUAUGAAAGCCUUCUUACAUGAAUCUCAUCCCCUCAAAACAGCUGUACUUUAGGAAUAAAAACACUUACUACAGUUCGCAUUGAAUGCUUUUGAGGCUCUAGCAGCUCAGUUUCUGAGUCAAAGUGAAACCUGCUGUGGUUUAAUUCACAUCAGUUAAGUGGAAAACUGAAUCAGAUGAAUGUGGCUUCUGUUGAGUGGACAAACGUCUCGCUCCUUUUGCAUGAGUGCGGUUUAUUUACGUGCAAAAACAAGAGAUUAUUUUCCUUCAAGACAAACACUUUCCUUCCACUCAAAACAGAAAGGCUACAUUAUAAGUGAAUGCAUAAACAGUUAGAUUAGAUAUCCAUCAAACAAAAUUCAUGCAUUGGUAUGCAUUUGUGGUUCUAAAGGGUAAAGGGGUAUAAAGCCAGACUUCACAGAAGUUGGCUGAAGAUUUUUUUUUAAGAUCUGCUUGUCUCAUCGCAGGUAGUCUCAGCCUCAGACAUCACACCCACUGACUGUUGGAUGAACGUCUGAUGCAUAUGGCACACAAAAGUGGAAACGCUUCAGGAGUGUCGAAGUCCUCAUCAGAUUUGUUGAAUUCUACAGGAUUUCUGCGAGACGUGUGUGUCGUGUUCUUUAAAGUUCUGCCUGGAAACAAAGAUACCGUGGCACCAAACCCCCUCACGAAAGAAGAAAUACUAGUGUUUACAACUGUGUCAACGAGCGCUUAUCAGGAUCAACUAAAUGCAGGAUUUUCAAAAAGCUCAUCAGCCACUAAAUGACCUCAAACGAAGAUCUUUUUUUUUUUUUGGUUCUGUUGUUUAUUUCCUCUGAUUUUGUUCUGUUGUUUUUUUCCUCCUCUGAUUGGCGCUGCAAAUGAGAUCGUGUCAGCGAUGGAGGGAGAGUCGUUCACUCUCCGGACUGGUUUUACUGAAAGACAGGCCGAUCAAGACAUCGAGUGGAGGUUUGGAUCGAGCAGGACUUUGUUAACCAGUCACACGGUAUUCAGAGACAGACUGCAGCUCGACAGACAGACUGGAGAUCUCACCAUCACAAACAUCAAUAAUGAACACACUGGAGUUUAUGAACUAAAUGUUGCAAAUAAGGCCUUAAAAUUCAUUGUCACUGUUUAUGCUCCUGUGCCUGUUCCUGUCAUCACCAGAUACUCUCCUCAGUGUUCAUCAUCAUCAUCAUCAUCAUCAUCAUCAUCAUCAUCAUCAUCAUUAGAGUUGAAAAGUGUGCUGUUGUGUUCAGUGGUGAAUGUGAGUCACGUGACUCUCUCCUGGUACAAAGGAAACAGUUUAUUGUCCAGCAUCAGUGAGUCUGAUUUCAGGAUCAGUCUCUCUCUUCCUCUGGAGGUGGAGUAUCAGGAUAUAAACACCUACAGCUGUGUGAUUAAAAAUCCUGUCAGCACCCAGACCACACAUCUGGACAUCGAUCAACUCUGUCAGACAUGUUCAGAUUGUGACUACUACUGGAGUCAAACGGCUGAAGCUGUGAUCCGAUUGGUCGUCUCUGCUGUGGUGGGAGUGGCUGCUGUUGCUGCUGUUGUUGUACUAGUUUAUGACAUCAGAUCCAGAAGAGCUGGACUAGAGUGGAAAUUCACUAAACAGUAAUGUACCUUGUAUUAUAAAACAAGAAUAAACAAUAUGUUUAUUUCGGUCACUUCCAUUGGUUCAAAACAUUAUAUAUCAGUCUAUUCCAUGAUCUCCAGUCUGGUUUAGAAAAUGAAAUCCUGAUCUUGACCAACUCCUAUUAUCAGUUUGAUUGAUUGUUUUAAAUUUUUGAUUGAUUGUUUUUAAUGUUUAAUGUUUGAAAAUAAGAUUUUAGUUGUUUUUUUUCUGUCCUGUUUUUUUAAGCUUGUAUGGUCAAGAAAACUGGCAAUGAAAUGUUUUAUUUGGAAGAUGAUUUUAUGUACAUUUUUUGCUAUUGACUGUUCAAACGUGGAGUUUUGUGUAUUUUGUGUGUGUGAGAGAUAGGGUCACACAGUGGAGUCAGCUUUCUUAACUGUUUGUGGCUUGUAUAUACUGCAAACACAUAUGAGCUUCAUCACAGGGUCUGUCACGCUCCUUUCAGGCUUUAACGGAUGAUAAAACUAAGGAUAUUAUACUGUCUUUACAUUUAUUUUGAAAGAUGAAGUUCGCGAUUAUGUAAAGGUGCGUUACAUUUCUGAUGAGUGCUUGCAGUGUUCAGCCAAUCACAAUACACUUGGUCAGUUGGCCAAUCAGAGCAGACUGCGCUUUUCAGAAGAAGGGACUUUGUAGAAAAUGGUGUGUUUGA